UGGCGAAUUAAUCCACGUAAAUUUCAUUUCAUCAAUUCGAUGAUCAAAAAGAAUUUGAAAGACGAAAUUGCAAAAAAUUGAAAAGACGAUGGUUUAGUUUACCACAAUCCAAAAAGCCGAUAUUUUAAUUUUCAGAACAAACGGAGUCGAGUUGGACUUAGCUCAAGACGGCCGCUGUGAUUGUAAUUCCGAGCACUGCAAUCGCUUCGCUGUUCGAAGUUUCCAAUGCGUGGUAGAAGUUGAUGAUACGGUUCUAGAACCAAAGCAUAGAGACUAAAAGCAAAGGGGGAAAAAUGGUUUCAGAGAUGUCGAGCGCGGAUGGCGACACAGCUGCGAGUUUGCAGCGCACUUUCAAAUACUUAUUAGCUACGCAGUUUCUGUCGAGGGGAAUCCCAUUCAUAUUCAACUCCUGGAUUGUCAGACACUUAUCUGAGGAAGAUUAUGCGGUUUAUGCCGUGCAGUUCCAUUUGUUUAUUACUUGCAUAUUGUUUCUGAGUAGAGAGGGGUUCCGGAGAGCCUGCAUGCGGGCAGAUAUCAGAUGUGAUGGUGCUUCAGCAACAGGAGCAAAUGCGGCUAAGCUUUUGAAAGUGGCCUGGAUGACCUUUCCUAUAGGAAUACUGGUUACACUUGGAGCAUGCAUAUUUGUAUUCUGGUGGCAAGAUCUAAGUUAUUCUAGUCCAUAUGCACAUGCUAUCUUGAUUAAUGGUUUUGCAUGCAUUCUUGAGCUACUGGCAGAACCAUUUUAUAUUUUGUCCCAGACAUUGGUUCUUCUGAGAUUGCGGCUUCUUGCUGAAACUGCUGCCACUCUUUCACGCUGUAUUAUAACAUAUAUUCUCAUCCUGAAGCAGCCGAGCCUGGAGAAAGCAGUUGUAUUUGCACUGUCACAAGUUGCAUAUGGAGCAUUUAUUUUCUUGGGUUACUGGGGCUACUUUCUUCUCUUUCAAGUAUACAAAUACUCUGUUCUCUUUCCGUUCAGGGUAGGAAAUGCAAUGAGUUAUGAUCGACCUCUUGCCAACAUGUGUAUGAUUUUUACUCUUCAAUCUUUCCGGAAGUUGAUUCUUCAGGAAGGUGAAAAGUUUGUCCUUGUUUGGUUGGAUACACCAUAUAACCAAGCAGUCUAUGGACUCGUAGACAAACUUGGAAGCUUAGUGGUGAGGUUGAUUUUUCUUCCAUUUGAAGAAAGUUCUUACGUGACUUUUGCAAGGUCUGCGUCAGGAGAUCCCGAAAGAAAAGUAAAAGAUCUCGGGAGGAGUCUAACAGAUGCUCUGAAGCUUGUUUUGCUAAUAGGUCUGGUGGUUAUUGCAUUUGGUCCGAGUUAUUCCUAUUCCCUCAUCAGAUUGCUGUAUGGCAGGAAAUGGAGCGACGGAGAAGCUUCGACUGCACUCCAAUAUUUUUGCCUUUACGUGAUAGUUGUAGCCAUGAAUGGAACAUCUGAAGCAUUUUUGCAUGCAGUUGCAACAGAGAAUCAACUUAAACGAUCAAAUGACUCAUUGCUAGUCUUCUCAUUGAUUUACCUAGUCCUGAACGUCUCACUUAUAAGAUCAGCAGGGGCAAUUGGUUUGAUAUUAGCGAAUUCCUUGAACAUGAUCUUCAGGAUAGUCUACUCAGCAGUUUUCAUCAGAAAGUUUUUCAAGGAAUCUUCCUCCUUUUCCUUUAAAAGUUGCUUGCCUGGCGGGUAUGAGUUUCUUCUGGUUUCAGGUGUUGCCACCUUCAUCUUGGAAAGGAUAUAUCUUGAUCACGAUAACUUCUGGGCCACCUUUGCUGUGCACAUCUCUUUUGGUUUGUCCUGUUUCAUUGUAUCCGCAUAUGCAAUCUAUCGGAAGGAGAAACCAUUCAUUAGCAAAAUCAUACACUUCCGCGAACAUGCUGAUUGAAUCUGCUACAAAUCGCAGGUUACAUGUUUAUUUGCAGUCAAUCUGUUGUAAAAGAGCUAUAUUUAGUAUUCAUUCUUACCUUUCUUCACAUCGUAUCAAUACAUAGGUUGCAACAUCACCAUGCACUUCGAAUCACAGUUUUACAGAAAGAUACUUGUAUAAUCUUGAUUUUGGAUUUAGCUGAGUGUAACAUUGUAAGUUUAAUGGAGUACAUAACAAUUUAAAUGAAUUAGUGAGUCUGACAAAUUACUAGUAGAAUGAGGAUCUUGUUCGCUGUCA